AAGGCUAUAAAUAAGGAUGGAGUGGUAGAAGCAUUCUUCAUCAAUUCAACAAUCAAAUCAAAUCAAAUUAAAGUUACAAAAGUAAGACUAAAAUCUAAUAUGGGAUCAUCAAUAAAGAUGAAUGACACACUUAAAGGCUAUAGCUGAGCUGGAAAAAGAGGUAGAGGCAGGAAAUCAUCAAAUAAUGAAAAUUAAAGAAAGUGGUGGUCUGGCUACUACAGGAGGUUGGAUCCUAAAUUUUGGUGAGGAUACCAUUGUAUUCCAGGAGCCCAAAGAUUGGUCUGGUAGUGUUUUGGGCGAUUACCCUCCUCAAAUUGAUGUGAAAACAUCUGCCAAGUUUACGCAUCAAGGUGAUGAUGGUUCAAUGGGGGCUGUUGUUUAUGUUGGACCUCGUAAAAAGGGUGGCUCCACUGAAUGUGCUUGGGUCUUUGCAUGGUACACACCGGGCAAUGGAAACGCAAACAAGACUUACGUGGAAGUUGGGCCCGCUGAAGAUUAUCCUAAAGGUAACAUAGAUAGAUGGGAGAUUAUCAAAGCUAACCUUCUCAAUGCUCCCGGCCAUACAAGUCAUGCCAUUGAUAACGUCAAAACUGGUGCUGAGGCGUCUUCUAGCAUCAAGCCUGGAUAUACUUCUGUGGCCACUUCGGUUUUCGAUGUUGUUAAAAUCAAGUAAUCUCAUUAUAUCAACCAUCGUCUUAUCAAGAUCCACUGAUGGGGAUGGAGCUAUUACACCUUUUCUGUAUUAU